UACAUCAAAAUCAGCCAAAACGGUGCGUUUUGGAUACAGAACAGCAAACAAAUCUUAACCCGAAGGAGAACAGAUCAGAAACGAAAUAUUUAUCAGGUAGAUCUAGAUCUGCUUGUUCUCUUUUCAUCUGCCUCUCUCUGCAAUUCCACCUCCAGAGUCUGCAAUUCUUCUCACCUCUGUCUUGUUCAAUUCCCAAUCACGAUGCUGUCUCGUUUUACAUUAAAACGGCAGCGUUUCAUCUCUUAAUUUAGGGUUUCCAGAUCUCUCCCGUGUCAUCUUUCUUCCUCCUCUUUCCCUCUUAUUUACCUACACAUAAUUCUGUAUAGGAAUUGAAAAUUUUCUGUUAAAGUUUUGUCAUCUUAAUCGAUUCGUUUUUUUCCAAAAAUAAUCUUUUGAUAUGUCGGUGGUGCCGGGGAAAUCAUCAUAUCGGGAUCGGACGCAAGAGUUUUUGAGUGUAGCGGAGAGGCUAAAGAAGUCAUUCUCGUCGGCGAACAAUGCAGCGGCGGCAUCGAGCAGUAGUAGCAGCAAUGCCAAGCUUGACGGUUCGCGAUCUGCGGUGGCUAUUCAAUCGGAGUUCAACAAACGAGCGUCGAAAAUAGGAUUUGGAAUCCAUCAGACAUCGCAGAAGCUAUCAAAACUGGCGAAAUUGGCAAAGAGAACAUCCGUGUUCGAUGAUCCAACUACGGAGAUCCAAGAGCUUACUGCUGUUAUAAAGCAAGAUAUUACUGCACUUAAUGCAGCUGUAGUAGAUCUCCAACUCCUUUGCAAUUCCCAGAAUGAAAGUGGAAACAUCUCAAGUGACACUUCAACUCACUCAACCACUGUUGUUGAUAACCUGAAGAACCGCUUGAUGAGUGCCACAAAGGAGUUUAAAGAAGUCCUCACAAUGCGGACGGAGAAUUUAAAGGUUCAUGAGAACAGAAGGCAAUUGUUUUCUUCAACUGCUCCAAAAGAUUCUACAAAUCCUUUUGUCCGACAGCGUCCACUGGCAUCCAGAUCUGCUGCUAAUGUAUCAUCAGCUCCUCCACCUCCAUGGGCCAAUGGUUCUGCAUCCUCAUCUCAGUUAUUUCCCAGCAAGCAGGAAGAUGUUGAGUCACAACCACUUUUGCAGCAGCAGAAUCGUCAGCAACAACAGCAGAUGGUUCCACUACAAGAUAGUUACAUGCAGAGUAGAGCUGAGGCUCUGCACAAUGUGGAGUCAACAAUUCAUGAGUUAGGCAACAUCUUUACACAACUAGCGACCAUGGUUUCACAGCAAGGAGAGCUUGCAAUCAGGAUUGAUGAGAAUAUGGAAGAUGCACUAGCAAACGUAGAAGGGGCACAGGGUCAACUGGUUAGGUAUCUUAACAGUAUUUCAUCGAACCGAUGGCUGAUGAUCAAGAUAUUCUUUGUAUUGAUUGUAUUCCUCAUGAUUUUCUUGUUUUUUGUGGCAUAAUAUAUACAAGAAAAAAAAAGGAAAAUAAAGGACCAGAUCAAUUUUACCUUUUAUCCAUAUUUCAAUAGCUUGUGCUUUUUCUUUAUUCUUCCCGUAAAAUUGAGAAUGUAAAGAGUUUCUUGUACUUAUAUGAUGAAAGAUAGGUCAAAGGGACCUGAACAAUUUUUGGCGUAAAACUGUUACUCAUUUAUUGAAGGAAUUCUCCCUUGCGUCUAUACCUGCAAAAAGGAUUGACCAUUUUGUAA